CACAAUAAAAACUAAAGGCGAACAAGUUUCCCGCGUAUUCAUCGCCGGCCAUUCGUCGACGAAAGUCUGCGUAGGUGACUCGCGUUCUAUAUUUGAAUAUCGCGGUUAAAAAGAAUAAUCAAAUUUCGUAGGUACGUUUUGUGUUUGUGCCAGUGACAUUGUUCGGAAAGAUGUUUCGCUUUUUGAUACCCUUAAUUCUGAGCAUAGCAGCAGCGAACUCGAUUCAAGAAAGAGCGUCGCCGUACAGACUCAAAUACGCCGUGGCGUCGGAGUCCCAACUCAAAUUCGCCCUAGAAAACAAAUACGAUGACACCGGCCCGGGGGCGAAACGACCGGAAUACGCUUACAGCACCUACAAGAAUUUACAAGAUGCCAUCAUAGCUUAUUUGGACGACCCAGACACCAAGCUGCCGGAGAGCGAAAAAGCUAUAGCCAUCCAGAAACUAUUCAAGAACCCAAAUUACUAUCCGAGACAGCAAAUCCAAAGACACUAUCCGAAAACCGUUGAAGAAUACACCGGCUAUAAUGCAGAAACUGAAAGACCCGUUUACAAAUACACGAUACCCGAAAAGAAGCCUACUUAUUACGGGGAAGAAGAGAAUAUCAAUUUAGGAAACUUUGAAGGGAACGGCCUCAGUUUGUUCAAGACUGAGAAAAGACCUGAGCCGCUAAAUUUGCGUAAACACCAGGCGAUCAAAGGCGCUCCAUUAAGUGUAGCGCAUUACACGAGAGAACAAGAGUAUGAAGAGCCCCACGAUCAGUUCAAUCCUCAUCCGAAGUACACUUUCUCCUACGGAGUACACGACAAGAAGACGGGCGACACAAAAUCAGCCCACGAAACCAGAGAAGGAGGUACCGUCCACGGAUAUUAUAGUUUCUUAGACGCCGACGGAAAACAGAGGAUCGUGCACUACACGGCUGAUGAUAAACUAGGCUUCAGAGCGACUGUACAAAGAACUAACACACAACUUUAACGUUUACCAUUAACACAAAUUUAACCCGAUCACGGCAAAUUUAGUUACGACUGUUUUUUCUUUUGCCAACGAGCCACCAUCUGGCCUAGCUGAUUCAAAGAGGUUAUCGGAAUCUAUAGACAUGACAACCUGAUUUCCCCACCACCAGAUAAGGUCUCCGACUGUCCUACCCUUCAAACUGGGAGGCAUUGCAUCGUGACCGAAACAGGCAGAUGCUCUGCCAUGAUACCCAGACACGCCGACCUGUUUGUCCCUCCAGUGCGUAUAGCCAUAUAUAUACAAUAUUAUGUACUUCUUCUUCUUCUUCUUAUUCGUACACUCUUGACAGAGUGGUCGUGGUCAUGCAUCAGUCGGAUCCUGAGAUACCGAUGCUCUCGCGAUGCGAUGCCAUGUGGCACGAUGUUUCGCAGAGUGAGAGCAAUCAUUUAUGUUGGAGUGAGUCACAGAUUUUAAUGAGGUCGGUCCAUCGUGUUGGAUAUCGUCCGCGAGAUCUUUUGCCCUCGACUUUCCCUUGCACCACCAACCGCUCAAUGGAGUCCUCAUUACGAGUGAUGUGCCCGACAUAACAUAGCAAAAUAGUAUAUAAUAUAAAAUAAAAUUACAAUCUAACGACCUCAGAAUGAGAAUUGUUAUUAGAUAUGUUACGUAUUUGUCAUUAUUGCCAAACUAUUUAUAGUAUGUGGGCAAUUAAGGUGUCAUAUAGAAAGACUUAAAACACCAUCGCUUAAAUUAAGUCUUUAUUUACUUAUCGUAUAUUGGUUAAGAAUUCUGGUUGUUAGAUUGUGAUUCAAUAUCAUAUAAAAAAAAAAAACAGUCGUCGUCCACCAUCUUUGCCGUAAUAAAAUAUUGUUAAAAUUUGAAACUUAGUCAAAAUGUUUGGGGUUUCGAUUAAGUUGGUCGUUGAUUACUUGUUUAACUUAAAUUAAUUUCAUUUAAUUAUAUUCGUUAGCAAAUUCAUUGUAUGGGCAUCUCUUCUUUCUUUUAAUUCUCUCAACAGUUCCAUGGUAAUAAGCAUUCCUUUUACUAUACAGUGGCUGGGACCGCCGCUUCGCCAGUAAUCAAAUGUAAUUUUAUAUUAAAAUAUAGAAGCCGUAAGAUGAUUAAGAAUUCUAACUACGUAAGAUAAUUUUAGUUGAACAUACAGACACACGUAUAUUCUCUUUUAUAUACAUAGACAUUUUACAUACUGUAUAUAUUGUUGAUUGUAGAUUAUUGCUGUCAAUAAGUUACUGUAUAUAGUUAUUUUUGUAAAAAUAACUUCACACAAAAACAGAUACAACGAUAAAUAAAAAAAUCUCCGACGCCUUUGAAGCCUUAAAAUACUCAUUACUAAAAUUAAUUUUAUUUAAUAAGCUAUUUACAUGUUUUAUGUUAAGUUUUGUUUCUAUAUGACCUAAAAAUAAAGUAUAAUUUUAAAAAAGACA